AUGGAUUCAAAAUUUUCCUCUCCCCAGUGGCUGUGCAAAGGAAUGAAAGGUCUGCAUCAAGCUGAGGUGGAAGGGUUGCAGGUCACUGUGCCUGAGAAGAAGAAGGUGGCCAUGUUAUUUCAGCCUGCUCUGCUUCGCUGCCAUUUCUCCACUUCUUCCACCCAACCAGCUGUGGUACAGUGGAGGUACAAAUCCUACUGCCAGGACCGGAUGGGAGAAGCUCUGGGUAUGGUGACUUCUGGUUUGCAAACAAUGAGCAAGAGGAACCUGGACUGGGAUCCCUACCUGGACUGUGUGGACAGCAGGAGGACAGUCCGUGUCGUGGCCUCCAAACAGGGAUCUGCCAUCACCAUAGGAGACUUCUAUAAGGAAAGAGACGUCAGCAUCGUCCAUGAUGCAGACCUGCAAAUCGGGAAGUUGAUGUGGGGAGACAGUGGCCUCUAUUACUGCCUUAUUAUCACACCAGAUGAUGUGGAGGGCAAGAAUGAAGAAUCAGUGGAGCUGCUUGUGCUUGGCAGGACAGGGCUGCUUGCUGAUCUCUUGCCCAGUUUUGCUGUGGAGAUUAUGCCAGAGUGGGUCUUUGUGGGCCUGGUGAUCCUGGGGGCGUUCCUAUUCUUCCUCCUGGUGGGGAUCUGCUGGUGCCAGUGCUGCCCACACAGCUGCUGCUGUUACGUCCGCUGCCCUUGCUGUCCUGAGUCCUGCUGCUGUCCCCGGGCACUGUAUGUGGCAGGCAAAGCAGCAAAAGCUGGGUACCCUCCUGCAGUCUCUGCCAUGCCGGGUCCGUACUACAUCCCCAGUGUUCCUGUAGCUGGUGUUCCAUCUCCUGCUGUGCUGAUGGAUAAGUCACACCCCCCUCCCUUAGCCCCAAGUGAGGCCAGCGGAGGAAGCCAAAAUGCAGUGCGCAAGGGCUACAGGAUCCAGACUGACAAGGACAGGGACUCCAUGAAGGUGUUGUACUACGUGGAGAAGGAAUUGGCUCAGUUUGACCCGGCUAGGAGGAUGCGAGAACGAUAUAACAACACCGUGUCUGAGCUGAGCUCGCUGCACGAGGAGGACCUGAACUUCCGCCAGCCCUACCGGCAGGCGCGGAGGAAACCUCUGCCCCCAGCAGGGGACAUGGACGGCGACGCCGAGUACUGGGCAGGAGUCGUGGGGGGAGGCAGCACCUCCAGAUCACAGGCCAUGUCUGAUUACAGGGAUGAGCGGGACAGCUACUGGCACAGCCAGCAGAGAUCCAAGUCGGAGAUGCUGUCCCGUAAGAGUUUCUCGGUGGGAGUGCCGGCCGUGUCCAUGGACGAGCUGGCGGCCUUUGCCGAGUCCUACAGCCAGCGGCCGCGGCGGGCAGACAGUCAGGACAUGCGGCGCUUCGAGCGCUCCGAGUCGCACGGCGGGCGCGGCGCCGGGGGCCUGCCCCACCAGGACAGCUCCAUGGAGGAAUACUACACCAAGCGCUGCAGGGGCAAUCGGGAGCCGCUGACGGACUCGGAUCGGGGCUGGUCCUACAGCCCACCCCGCAGACGGGCCCACGAGGAGAAGCACCUCCCCAGGCUGGUGAGCCGGACGCCCGGAGGGAGCCAGAAAUACGAUCACUCCUACCUCAGCAGCGUCUUGGAGAGGAAAUCCCGGAGCUAUGAUGAGAGCGGUGACCACUGUGCAACCCCCUCGAAGCUGAGCUCGCAGCCCAGCCAGAGAGGAGGCAGCACAUACUAUGCCUGGUCACCACCCUCCACCUACAAAGCCGAGAAGUCGCAGCCGCCGCCGCAGCAGUCGUCGUCCCCCGAGCAGGACGAGGAGGAGGAGGAGGAGGACAGCCUGCCUCCCUACAGCGAGAGGGAGCUGAGCCGAGGCCCUUCCUACAGGGCCAGGGAACAGGCCUACCUCAAUGCCUCUGACAAGAAGAGGAAAAAGGACCCCAAGAAAACAAAUGAUUUCCCAACAAGGAUGUCCCUUGUGGUUUGA